GGCCAUUUUUUAUUUUCCUAUAAUGACCCAAAACUAGCAAUUUAUCAGCCACCAUUAUAACAUCCUGUCCCAGAAGCAUUUGGGUCACCGGAAACUUCAAACUUCAAUCUCAACCACCGGACCCCAGUCCUUUCCAAUCCUAUAUCUGAGAUUCUUGGUUGUCGUUUGGUUCAAUUAUGGCGUCUGUUUUGGUCUUCCCCGCCACUUCCACAUCUGCUUCCUUUCUCCUAAGACCUUCCUUACCCACUCGCUUCAACUCACUUUUCCAUAAUCGCUCAACUAUAUCUCUCCCCCAACUUCCCAGGUUUGGAGUUAGAUGUAGUUAUGCGGAAGCAAGUAUAAACGCGGACUCCAACUCUGCCACGAUAGAUGUUGUGGCUGAUGUUAGGAGUGAACGGAUUGUUGUGUUGGGAGGCAGUGGUUUUGUUGGUUCGGCUAUAUGCAAGGCCGCAGUUUCUAAGGGCAUAGAGGUCGUUAGCGUAAGCAGGUCAGGACGUCCUACUUAUCCUGGUUCAUGGAUUGAUCAAGUUUCUUGGAUACCAGGAGAUGUUUUCUACCUUAACUGGGAUGAAGUACUUCCUGGAGCAACUGCAGUUGUUUCCACAAUUGGGGGCUUUGGCAGCGAGGAACAGAUGCUUAGGAUCAAUGGUGAAGCAAAUGUUGUCGCUGUUAAUGCUGCUAAGGAUUAUGGAAUUCCCAAAUUUGUCUUCAUAUCAGUGCAUGACUAUAAUCUUCCGUCAUUUUUACUUUCAUCUGGAUACUUCGCCGGAAAAAGGAAAGCAGAAUCUGAGGUUCUUUCCAAAUAUCCAAACUCUGGAAUCGUGCUAAGACCGGGUUUCAUAUAUGGGAAGAGACGAGUGGACAGCUAUGAGAUUCCAUUAGAUUUGGUAGGAGAACCGCUGGAGAGAAUACUGCGUUCUGUCGAGAACUUCACAAAACCAUUAAACUCUCUUCCAGCAUCUGAUCUGAUAUUGGCUCCACCAGUUAGUGUCGAUGAUGUUGCACUUGCAGCAAUCAACUCCAUAACAGAUGACGAUUUCUUCGGCGUUUAUACAAUUGACCAAAUCAAGGAAGCUGCAAAAAAGGUGAAGGUGUGAGCUUUGCCUAGAUAAAAAGAUAAUAAUUAGUAUACAAAUGACAUGUUGAUCAAUACCUUUUAUAUGUUUUUUUUUCCUAAAAUGUAUAUCCUUGUACCAUCAUACAUUGAAAAGUGAUUCAGAUUUGGGGUAUAAAUGUCCAUAAGAUUCUUGUAAGGAAACAUAUCUACAAUAGGAUAUAGGAUAAUGAUAUUUUAUUAAACGUUGAUUAUGAAAUAGCAUGACCAUCAUAUAAAUUGAAAAAGAUUGGAAAGAAUAUUUGAUUGUCUGGGACA